ACCGCUGCAGGCAGCCUGAGGGCCUUCCACCACGCCAGUGUCUGUCUCUCUGGAUGUACUUGCUGAGGCUCAUCUGCUUCACAUCCUCGGGUGUCUUCGUCUUAUCCACGGCCUCCCACGUCGCAUCUACUGCCUUCCACGUCGCACCUUCUGCUUUCUAUGUUUCAUCCCCUGCAUCCUACAUCACAUUUCUAACCCUUUUACAUCAUAUCUCAGAUUUAUGCUAUUUAUUUUUCAAAUUCAUCAUUUGUUUGUUUUAUACAUAUGUUCCUCUUUAUGUUAGAUCCUCUGCAACAGCUGAAUACAUCAUUUCUUCUUUCUAUAACAUUUUCACCCAGUUGACGUUACAUCGUUGUGGCAUUACAUCCUUUUCCUUCAUUGACGCCACGUCACCGGCCAUCUGGCACCAGCAGUGCCAUUCUUGACGUUACCAUUGAGAGUCGACACUAUGUCGUGCCCUCAGGCCGCAGAGUUGCCGUCGCUACACGUGGCAGCACGUCCAGUGCCCACCAAGCCUGCAAGACUCUUGUGUCCAGACGCCUCCCGCACGCGCCGCCCACAUAACUCUCUCCUCGACUCACCGAAAAUGGGAGUCACGUGUCCCGAUCUCCUACCCAUUCAAAACAUGGGUGAUCACGGGAGGCAUGAGGGGCCCACGCCUGCCUCAGAUAUCCCUUUUGAUCUUUCCAAAGCAGGCCAGGAGUCGAGUAUGGCGUCGGCCUCGCGCCCCCUCGACCUUAACGAUUCCGACCAGCCACUCGAUCUUAGAGUCGACUUUAAGAAACGACGGACCGUAGAGGACGAGAACAUGAACCUGGUGUCGAGUCCUGGUAGGAGUUCCCCUCGUGAGGUCCCAGGACUCUGGGUGACGCUACCACAGGACUCUCCCGUACCACCCCUACCUUCCCCGUCAUCAUCAGCGCCUCCUGCAUCUCCAACGUCCUCAGAGAGAAUCAUAAGACGGGUGGCCGACUGCUCGGGUCUAACCUACCCAGUGCCACACAAUCUGGCACCCAGUGCGCCGGUGCCACUGCUGUAUCCUCGACCCAUUCCUCCUUCGCAUCUCCUCUAUGCCACCGCCAAUAAAGAUCUUCCAUAUUCACCCCUGGCUUCGCAGCCGGGGCUGACUCCUCCUCAUUACUCCCUCCUCCCUCUCUCAGGGCGCAGUUAUCCCUACUCCCUGAUGAGGGGAUACCCGUCCCUCAGCUGCCCUCCCCGACACCCGACACUCUACGAGGCUCUCAGCGAGCGCCGCCCCACAGAUAACUCUACUGCAGGAGCGCUGGGACACAGCCUUAAGCCCCGGGAGCGGUACUCUUGUAAGUUCUGCGGCAAAGUGUUCCCGCGGUCGGCUAACCUGACGCGGCACCUGCGGACUCACACUGGAGAGCAGCCUUACAAGUGCAAGUUCUGCGAGCGUUCCUUCAGCAUCUCGUCCAAUCUUCAGCGUCACGUGAGAAAUAUCCACAACAAGGAGAAGCCAUACAAGUGUCGCCUGUGUGAGCGAGCCUUCGGUCAGCAGACCAACCUCGACCGUCACAUGAAGAAGCACGAGUCUGACGGACCCACCAUCCUGGACGGUGGUCAUCGGCGGCUCCUCCUGCCGAAACCGUCGCAGGAGAGCUGGAGGGGGCCAGCCCCUCCUCCCCUCACCCCCCUAUCCUCACACGCAGCCUUUACUCACUCCCUCACCAACUCUCUCAGCCAAUCACUCACUAACUCCUUCACCCAAUCACUCACACAGUCCUUAACCCAAUCACUCCACGGCCCCUUUACUCAUUCAACCUUCACUGCCGACACUCACGCCUCUUCUCCUGUACACUCACCGAUUCCCAACCCUCAAGAAGAGGAAGAGGAAGACAUUGACGUGGAGAACGAAGACGAAGAGGAGGAGGAAGAGAGGGAAGGAGAAGCGACUAACGAUGACAGACGUGUGUCAUGCGAGGUUACCAUCACUCCAGCGCCCAUCACAACUGAAGCAUCCAAUUCUCCUGCCUCCGGCGAGAACAUGGUACAGGUGUGACCAGAUGUGAGCACCAGGUGUGAGCACCAAGUGUCACCAGGCGCUGCCUCUCCGUCCUAUCACUGAAAAAGACAACCUGCGGGUGAAGAGACAUCCAUAGUUAGCUAACGUCUUCUUACCGGCAAAAAAAAAAAAGAGUACAAGUGGAUGUAGAUUACUCACUGUUACAAAGACGUAACUAAAAUCUUGCAACGGGAAUCUUGCAACGGGAGACCUACAAUGGGAGUCUUAAAAUGGGAGGCUUGCAAAAGGAGUCUUUCCUGUCAUACAAACCAACGGCGACCCGUUGCAGGAGUAACAGAAGCUUGUUCAACCAAAGCUGAACCGACAUCUGUACAGGUGUCCUUUAAGAGAGUUAUAACCUAGCAGAGUACAAGUGUUUGACCUUUUUCUUUCCUUUUUAUUGUGCACUAAAAUAUUAUAGAUGCAAUGAACGCUAAUGUAUUGUCUUGCUUCCGUGUGGUACAAAUUCAAAAUAUUUUUUUGAGAGCAUUUGCACGUUAGAAAUUUAUUCAAGCUUCUAUUGAAGUGAAAGACUGAAGCGGGUGUUGCAGCUCCUGUGUGUCGUUACUGCCAGUCCUACGUGUUAGGACUGGGCAAGUGUCAGGAAAAAGGUCUGAAAGCUUACAGGAUGCAAUAUUUCCGUGCUCUGUGCUCUCUCGAGGCUAAAGUGAGAGGAUGGAUGGGGAUUUCCCCUUAUCCUCGUGUUACUAGACGUGCAAAUUUCUUGGUUUUCUGGCGUCAGAGGGGAAGAGGAGAUCACUGAAAGGGGUCAUUGAAAGAGGGAAGAAAGAGGUGAAGGAUCUCAUUCAAACAGUGAAGUGAUUGAAAGAGUGAAGGGGGUCAUUGUAACUGUGAAUAUUAUUGUAUUUGCGAAGGAUAUUAUCGUCAUGAGGAGGUCAUUAUAAGUGUGAGGGUCAUAUAAGUGUAAAGGAAGCCAUUGUAAGCACACACAGUAUUAUGUAAGUGCACAGCUGAGAACUAGCAGUGUUUUUUUAUGUUAUACAACUGCUGAAACCUGUGUUGCGUUAAACAAGUGUCACAGAUGUGUUAAAACAGUGAUGGGGAACUGAGAAGGAAGAGACCCAGGGAACUCUGUCUCGUAAACAAGUGCUUGUUAUUCCCACCUGAGACAAAUCCUUAACGCAGAUGUAUGAGUCUGUAUUUACCAUUCCAGUUCCUAAUGCGCUUCGCUGUAAAAGCGUUAACGGCAGUGUUUAUUUUGGAAAUGGCUCUGCAGCGUUGCAGGAAAGCACUCCGCUGAACCGUAACUCCAUGCAAAUUAUUGCACACCAGUAAAAUGCAAUAAACGUGGAUGAAAAUAGCCAUGGCUGACCUGACCUAUUGCAAAUUGCCUGACGAUGCAAGGUGAGAGAGUUGCAACCAGAGUGUUGCGUUACCCCGUGACAAAGUGAAACAAAACGCAGUGUUUGUGUGAAAACACAAGAGUGUUGCAGUUGAGUUGAUGUCAAACGUGCAGUGCUGUCUUUGACCAAAUUUUGAUAAUUUUGAUCAUAUUUUGAUGACUUUGACAAA